AUUGACUAAGAGCGGGGCUCUAGCCUAAUGUGGAUUACUAAGAGCGGGGCUCUAACAUAAAUGUAGAUUGACUAAGAGCGAGGCUCUAGCCAAAUGUAGAUGACUAAGAGCGAGGCUCUAGCAAGAGCGGGACUCUAGCCAAAUGUAUAUUGACUAAGAGCGGGGCUCUAGCCUAAUGUGGAUGACUAAGAGCGAGACUCUAGCAUAAAUGUAGAUUGACUAAGAGCGAGGCUCUAGCCAAAUGUAGAUGACUAAGAACAAGGCUCUAGCAUAAAUUUAGAUUGACUAAGAGCGGGGCUCUAGCCUAAUGUAGAUGACUAAGAGCGAGGCUCUAGCAUAAAUGUAGACUGACUAAGAGCGAGGCUCUAGCCUAACGUAGAACGACUAAGAGCGGGGCUCUAGCACGACAUAGAUUGACUAAGAGUGAGGCUCUAGCAUGGUAUAAUAAUAGGAUUGAGCGAGGCUCCAUGAUGGCUAAAUAAUGUAAUUAAGAGACACCUCAUGACGGUAGUACAACUUACCAAAGGUUAUGAAAAUCAUGACAAAUAGUUACGGAGAAAUAGGGGUGGACGUUUCAAAACGAAUAUGGGCCACAGGCCGACUACUUGACUUUAUAUAUAAAGUAAGUAUAUUUUUGAAAGAGGGUAACCGGGGGUUAUGGCCUAUAAAAAUAGUAUCACCCUAUAUUGAGGGUCUUAAGAAAUUGAAACAUUGAUUAUACUUAGUAUAGUUGUCAUUGUACUUGUCAAAUGCUUCCAAGUACUGACCUCCCCUUCACGGGGGAGGCCACCUCACAGUUUCAGGUAGAAGUUGAGCUUGCUACCAGUGCCCGUUGCAUCGGGAAGAUCUAGGAGAGAAGACGUGAAAUGGAACGUACCGGAAAGACAACUAAGAGGAACCCGACUGGCCGGGCACAGGGAGGGUCCGAUCAUGGCAGUAAGGGGACUUCUAGUGUGUCCAGGGGACGGGGCCGUGCAGGCCACUCACUGACCGUAAGUGACGGUCAUGAUGAAACAGUGGAUGAGCAUUUUGAGUCCGAGGAGGAUUCAACUUACCAACCGGGGACUGAACCGGUUGAAACCUCAUAUGAUGGGGAAGACGAUGACGUUAGUGAAGAGAGUGAUGAUAAUGACGCUCUAGAGAGGAUAGAGGAAUUGCUCCGGCAAUACCAACAAGAUCGCCAAAGGCGUCGGGCAAGGCGUGCUUUGGGAGGGGCUUCGAGGAGAAGAAGCCAUGUUAGUCCUAGGAGACAUGUAGAGUCCCGAGGAGAUAGAGGUGUCGAGGUUCCAAUUAUAAGAAUCUCGAAGUACCUCAAGAAGUCCUGGACUCCGUCUAAUACAUUCAAGAGGAGAGGGUCCGGGGAAGAGCGUCUCUUGCCCGAUCCAGUCGGGAGGGGGAGCGCCUUGCCGGCAGAUUAUGUUCAGAGGGGCAGACACCCACCCAUGCAGUAGGAUUGCUCGGAGAUUCAGGCCCAAGGAAGCCAAAGGAAGAGUGCGAGCAAGAAUAUACUUUCUCGAGCAAAUUCGCACGCUCACUACUCAAGAAGCUGGGGUACUUGUGUUGAGGUAUAUUACCCCGGCCUGUUACUGUUCAGGAGCCCAAUACCUUACCCCAGUACGGAGCCCAACCGUCGAGGGCCGUUUCAGCCUAUCAGGCCUGGUUUGGCCUUUUGGGCCCAUUUUGGUCCUACCGGCCAAUUAGGAUAGAAAUGCUCCCCUCCCCCCUUUUUUUGCCUAUAAAUAGGAGGAUUUCCCUCCUUAUUAAG